AUGCCAUUGAAUAAGACAGAUUUGUUUGAGAGAAGAAACCCAGAUAUUGUGCAUGUCUUAACUAAAGAAGGAGGUAAUUGUGUCUAUAUGUGUCGCAAGUCUAAACAUCUUGAUCGCAAAGAAACUGUUGUUUUGUUUUUAUUAUGUGAGAAGGAAAAGAGGCAUUAUAUCUCUGUUAAGAACUUGAGCGGUGUAUUAGGUAAGGUCAACUCGAAACAUGAACAUAAAGCAGGGGCGGAUCUAGGAUCCGCCCCUGAUAAAGAGCAUUAUUGCUUAAAUUGUCUCUCAGGUUUUAAUAGUGAGGAAACCCGAGAUGAGCACUUUGAAUAUUGUAAAAACAAUGAAGCUGCUAAAAUCAAACUCCCAAAAGAGGGUAGCACCGUUAAAUUUAUCAAUGGUCGGUACCAGCUCAAAGCCCCAUUUAUCAUGUAUGCCGAUUUCGAAGCUUUGUCAAAAGAGGUGUCUGAAGAAGAGAAAAAUAGCGGAUCAUCCACUGAAAAAGUCGGUAAACAUAUCCCCACAGGUUUCUGUUGUUACAGCAAAUUUGCUCAUAGUGAAGUUCCGGACCCUCUGACGCUUUACCGCGGUGAAGACUGUGUUUUACGCUUUGUGAAUCAUGUAGUAGGUGAAGUGAAAAGGCUAUACAAUAUGUUUCCAAAAAGAAGAAUGCAAGAUCUCACAAAUGAUGAGGUGACAAAAUUAGUCAAUUCUAGUAAGUGCCACAUAUGCAAGAGAAAUUUCAACCAGGAUAUGCGUGUUGCUGAUCACUGUCAUUUUACUGGUAAAUUUCGUGGAGCUGCACAUCGGUCUUGUAAUCUCCGUUACAAAGUGCCAAAAUACAUCCCAAUCGUCUGCCACAAUCUGAGCGGGUACGAUGCGCAUUUAUUCAUCAAAGAAUUGGCCAAACAGUAUGGAGAUGAAAAGAUUACCGUCAUCGCUGAAAACAAAGAGAAAUACAUCUCUUUCUUGCUAGAUGUUGUGGUCGGUGAAUAUGUGAAGAAAGGUGAGAAACAUAAUCUCAGGAUACAACUGAGAUUCAUCGAUAGUGUGCGUUUCAUGGCUAGUAGCCUGGAUAAGUUGGUAAACAAUCUAUCUGAUGAUCAGUGUAAAAAUCUUCGAAAAUUCUUCAAGGGUGAUGAGCAAUUCAAACUAUUGAGAAGAAAAGGAGUUUAUCCAUAUGAACACGUUGAUUCUUUCGAUAAGUUCAAUGAAACUAAGCUUCCGGCAAAAGAUGCUUUUUACAGCAAGUUGAACAUGAGCGGUAUCAGUGAUGCUGAUUAUGCGCAUGCGCAGAAGGUGUGGAAAGACAUGAAAAUCAAAAAUAUGGGUGUGUAUCAUGAUAUCUACCUCAAGACAGACGUUCUAUUGCUUGCUGAUGUUUUUGAGACUUUUAGGGAAACAUGCCUAAAACAUUAUCAAUUGGAUCCUGCACAUUUUUACACUGCUCCUGGGUUAGCUUGGCAAGCAUGUUUGAAAAAGACCGAGAUUAAGCUAGAUUUGUUGCAUGAUAUGGAUAUGUUUCUGUUUAUGGAGAAAGGUAUUAGAGGAGGUCUCACUCAGGCUGUUCAUAGACAUGCUAAAGCUAACAACAAAUAUAUGGGUGUUCCAUAUAAGACGACCGAAGAGACCAGCUAUCUCCAGUAUCUUGAUGCAAACAAUCUGUAUGGAAGGGCUAUGAUUCAAAAAUUACCAACGGGAAAGUUUAAGUGGGUUAAUGAUCCUAAUAAAUUCACGACUAAACUCAUUUCUAUGUUGGCUGAGGAAAACGGUGAAAAGGGUUACAUACUCGAGGUGGAUGUGAGAUAUCCAAAAAAGCUACAUGAUACGCAUAACGAUCUUCCUUUCAUGCCUGAGCGAAUGGAGAUUAAUGGGGUCGAAAAGCUAUCUCCAUGCCUUUCUGACAGAAAAGAUUAUGUUAUUCACAUCCGUGCGCUUGAUCAAGCGUUGAAACAUGGUCUUGUUCUUGAUAAGGUUUAUAGGGUGAUAGAAUUUGAGCAAAGCGCAUGGUUGAAACCGUACAUCGAUUUUAACACCGAUUUGCGCAAAAAAUCAAAGAACGACUUCGAGAAAGAUUCUUUCAAGCUGAUGAAUAAUUCGGUCUUUGGUAAAACUAUGGAAAACCAACGUAAACACAAAGACAUACGCUUGGCUACCAAGAAAAAACAAUAUGAGAAACUAAAAAUCAAAGUCGUGUUGAACAAGCCAAUCUAUCUAGGACCUGAAAUUCUCGACUUGUCUAAGAUAGUUAUAGCGAAGACCUAUGCAUAUAAACAGUUAGACGGAACAGAGGACAAAAAGUGCAAGGGAGUCAAGAAGUGCGUAGUAAAGAAGACCAUGGGGUUUGACGACUAUAAGAGAUGCUUGUUCGAUGGUGUGAACAUUUACAAAGAGCAGAUGACCUUCCAAUCGAACAAGCAUGAUGUUCACACCAUAAAAACAAACAAACUCGCUCUCAAUGCAGAUGAUGACAAAAGAAUUAUCCAUAAUGAUGGAAUAAGCACCUAUGCGCGAGGAUACAAAAAACACCUAAAUUCACGCUAUUUCGCGUCAGCUAUUUCUGCUUAUCAUAAUCGUAUAAAUUCCGUUAAUGUCGGUGAACACCCUAGGAUUUGUUUACUUAUGACAGGUGUAUUCAAUUUGAGACCAACCAAACCUCGAUUUACAUUUAUUUGGGAUGUGCAAAGGAGACCGCUUCACCAUCUAAACCCCGAUCGUGACGUGAUAACCAUUGAAGUUGAUCUUCGCUUGUCAACUAUAAAAUCAGAAAAUGCGAAACUCAUGAAGAGCAUCUACGAGUUUUUUCAAACUGAAAAAUGUCGUAACGUCAUCACUGCUGGUUGGAGGGCUGCUGGGAUAACAGAAACAUAA